AUGAAUAGUAACUUCAAUAAAUCUGACUUUGUACAUUAUAAGAGAAUUCAAAAUUCACUGAAUACAACUAACUUAAAUUGGGGAGGUUUUAAUGAUUCUGAAGGAAGUUCUGAGGACUUAAAAGAUAGAGAUCCAGAGAUGAAUUCUUUUACUGAUUCAGAUUUUGAAAUAGAAACCUCCAAUAGUACAGUUGACAACGUUUCAACUUCCAAAGAUACAUCAAAUGAUUUUUCAAUACCUGUAAACAUAUCAUUAACAAGUUUACCUAAAUCAGGAAACAACACCAAUUUUGAUUAUAGAAUGGACUUCAAAUUUAUUAAGUACUUUGUUGGUGAAACAAUUGGUAUGCGGUGUAUUAUACCUGAGGGACCAUAUGUGGUAAUGUGGAACAAAAUUGGUAUGGAAUAUCCUCUUACAAUAGGAAAACGUAGAUUUGUGCCUGAUCCACGAAUAAUAGUCAAAUAUAAACCACCGAAUAAAUGGCGAUUACGAAUUGCAGAUGCUAAAUUAACAGAUAGUGGUUUGUAUACAUGUACUGUGAAAUCAGUACAUGAGGAAGAAAAAAGAUUUAAAGGAUCGGAUGACAUUGACAUUUCCUGGAAAAAGGUGAAUGAUAAUCAAGACAAAAUGAAUAAUAAUACAGACUCAAAAUUUUAUAAUCCAGACUAUUAUAUAUCUGUAGUUGAAGUGGAACCAAUGAAAGGAAAGCAAUUAAAUCGUUCACCGGUAGCAGCAAAAUUUAUAUCCAAAAAUCGCACGCUUACUGUAACUGGUCCAAAUGUAGCCUAUUUCGGCAGACCAUUGGAGUUAAAAUGCUAUGCUAAAUUCCCCUCAGCAUUUCAAUUUCCUGAGUAUGAAGUUGUAUUGGAAUGGUAUCAUAGGGGUAUUCAAAAAAAAUCAGAUCCAUAUAAACCUGAUAGUGUAUAUAUUGAACAAAGAUGGCUAAAUGCAAACACUUUGGAAAGUCGUUUGUUUAUAAAACGAGCUAGUGAAUCAGACACAGGUCAGUGGAUUUGUCUAGAAAAAUACAAACCUAUCAAGAAGACUGAGCAUAGUUCAUCACAAGUUGUUCGUUCAUCUCCAAUGCAGAAGAAUUCCUUCGCAGGAGAUCGAUUAUACAGUGACCGCUCAUCAAAGUCUAUAAUUUCAAAGGACAUUAUCCCAUCUACUGCCUCAUUCAUUUCAACUGCAUCGAAAGUCACUUUUGGGCAAAUUGAAGUGGAAAUUAUUGAUAUAUCGAAAGCUUCAGUGCAUUUAGAAUCACCAAAUUUAGAUAAUGGACGACAUGUUUAUAGCUAUAUUCACCGUAAUUCCGAGUUGAUACGGUCAAAAGCUACAAAUUAUGCCAACUCGUUUAAAAUCAGUUUUUUCUUAGCCUACAUUAGUUUACCGAUGAAAACUUUAUCGUGUAUUUUUAUCACUACUGUGCUAUCAGAUGUAAUUAUGUAA